AUGUUUCGAGACAGUUUCGACUCACUGGGCACAAGAACGCUGCCCGAACGCGAUCAGUCUUCGCCACCAUCGUCGAUUUGCUCCACAAGCCGCGUAGGGCGACGAGAAAGUGUGUCCGGUGAAGUAUCGGGUCAUGAAUCGCUUCCGGUUUUGCUUUCCGACGUGCCGUUGUUUAACGGCGACGACGACGAUGGUGGCGAACAGACGUUCCAAUGUACGUUGGCCAUUAUCAAACCGGAAGUCACCCGGCUGAUGUACAAGGUGGAAUGCGUAAUGACACAAAAUGGAUUUAUCGUCAUAAUGAAGGAAGUGUUGCGCUUGUCCCGGGAUCAGGCAGCGGAAUUAUACGCAGAGCACUCGCAGGCGCCAUACUUUACCAGACUCGUCGAUCACAUGUCCGGGAACCCGGUAGUGGUGUACGUGUUGUCCAAACGAAAUUGCGUCGAAGAAUGGCAGCGGUUGAUCGGGCCGGCGGAAGUUCCUCGGGCUAAACGUUUGUUUCCGGUCAGUCUUCGAGCCAUAUACGGCACGGAAAAGGGACCAGAUCCGGUGGCCAACGCGUUCCACGGCAGCGAUUCUCCGGCUGCGGCCGAACGGGAAAUCAAAUACUUUUUCCCAAACAUGAAACUGGAUGAGACCACGGACGUCCAGGAUGACCUGGUGGAGUACAUAAAAGACGCCAUGAUGCCAACGAUUUCCAAAGGUCUAUCGGAAAUGUUCCUCAUCCAACCCAAUGACCCUUUAAGGUGGUUUGGAAAUUGGUUGUUAGCCAGGGAUUAA